ACAAACACUGGAGUCUAACGCUGACUAAAGAAGAGAAGUUGACUCACAGCGCGUGACAAGAGAGAGACACUUUCAUCCAGUCGAAGCAGGUGUCCAUCAUGUCAUUGGAGGUGAAAGAGAAGACUCAGGUGCGUCUCGUCUUCCUGGGGGCAGCCGGGGUGGGCAAGACUGCCCUGAUACGCCGCUUCCUGCAGGACACAUUUGAGGUCAAACACCGGCGCACAGUGGAGGAGCUCCACAGCCGGGAGUACGACAUUGGCGGAGUCAAGAUCACCGUAGAGAUACUGGACACCAGCGGCAGUUACUCUUUCCCAGCCAUGCGCAAGCUCUCCAUCCAGAACAGUGACGCCUUCGCCCUGGUCUAUGCCGUGGAUGACCCAGAGUCACUGGAGACCCUGAAGAGCCUACGGGAUGAGAUCCUGGAAAUCAAGGCGGACAAGCACGCGCCCAUCGUGGUGGUUGGCAACAAGACUGACCGCGUGGUCGAGAGGCGGGUGUGCGGAGAUGACAUUAUGUCUGUGGUGGAGAUGGACUGGAACAACAGUUACUUGGAGGCCUCGGCCAAGGACAACAGCAAUGUGGUGGAGGUGUUCAAGGAACUCCUGCAGCAGGCCAACCUGCCCAGCCGCCUCAGCCCGGCUCUUCGCCGACGCAGGGAGACUUUCCCCAAACAUGCAGGCUUCAGGCCACCCAUGAACAAAACAAACAGCUGCAUUGUGUCCUAACGGCAGGGACAAAAGAGGACCUGUUCAAAAAGUGGGCGUCAAGUGUUGCCCUCUCCUCCAGGUUUCUUGACACUCACCUGAAGGACACCAGUGAAGUGAAUCAUGACUAUUAAGCAUUCAUUAUUCCUCCUUUGAUGUAGUGCUGGUUGGUUGGUGCCUACAUGCUGCCGUUAAGAUCAAUGUAACUCGUAAAAAACAUAAAUGUUCCUACUUAUCAGUAACAUUUUAUGAUGGUCAGUCUUUUUGUAAUGAUGCAUGAGCCAUUACCUUUUUGUGAAAAUCAAAAGUUGCUUUUGUAUAGAUUUUUUUUUUGUAAUCAUCUCACUGUGUUAUGAAUUGUUGUUUUACAUAUGUACAUAAAAAUGAAUGAACAUUUUUUGAGUCUUGAUUUUUUUUAAAAACUAUUGUCACUGUAAAGAAAAACAGGAGUUUUAGUGCAAA